AUGGUUUCUCUAUGUACAAUUCUCAAACCGCUUUCUCCGGUUUCACCAUUUGUUAAACAUCAUAACCUCAGAAAUCGUAAUGCCUUGUUCACUCAUCACACACCUAACUCUACAAACUCCCUAUUGUCCAAACGAGCAGGAUCCGUGGCUCACAAGAAACACACGUUCAUGGCAGUACAUGAUACACCGGUUCAGGUCGAGAGCUCCUGGGGAAUUCCCUUGACGGAGGGUUUGGUGGUGAGAAAGAAAUGUGCAUUCUGGGAAAGGAGUUGGACUUCCUGGGACGUGAGCAAGUUAGUCAUGUUCGUUGGGCUUCAUUUGCUGAGCCUCUCGGCUCCAGUUUACUUCAGCUGGGCGGCUUUUAGGCUUUUCCUUUGGCUGGCUGUGAUCAUUGGAUUCUGCAUCACCUUGUCUUAUCAUAGGAAUCUUUCUCACCGAAGUUUCGAUCUACCGAAAUGGCUCGAGUAUCUCUUUGCUUAUGGUGGUGUUCUGUCUUUUCAGGGAGACCCAAUAGAAUGGGUGAGCAACCAUCGGUACCAUCAUAAGCAUUGUGAUACACAACUUGACCCACACAGCCCUACACAAGGGUUUUGGUUUAGUCACAUGACUUGGAUAUUUGAUACCGGUUCUAUCCUUAAAUCAUUGGGUGGACAUGAGAAUGUAAAUGACCUUGUGAGGCAGCCCUUCUAUAGGUUCCUUCAGCGAACCUUUCUUUUGCAUCUGAUGGCUUUUGCCACUCUCCUCUAUAUUUGUGGAGGCAUGCCUUUCCUCGUCUGGGGAAUAGGUGUGGCAACUACGGUUCGACUCCACGGGACUUUUCUGGUGAACUCAGUUUGCCAUAUAUGGGGAAAACGAGCUUGGAACACACCUGACUUCUCCAAAAACAAUUGGUGGGCAGCGAUAAUUACACUUGGCGAAGGAUGGCAUAACAAUCAUCAUGCGUUCGAGUUCUCUGCAAGGCAUGGACUCGAGUGGUGGCAACUAGACGUUACUUGGUAUCUCAUUAGGUUUCUUGAAGCUAUUGGUUUGGCCACUAACGUUAAGCUACCUUCUCAAGCUCAAAAGAAGAGAAUGGCUUUGGUUUGA